AUGGUGUUCUUCGAUUUCAAACAGGCCCGCCGCGAGGUCGAGGCCGAGGGUGUGUAUAUCGGUGGAUGGGGCAUCAAGGAAGCCAUCAUCCCCCGCAAAUAUGGCGACGCCAGCCAAGACCGCGCAGAAGAGGUCAACGCCGUUAAAGACUGGAGCGAAGCCGAGGAGAGACGGCUCGUGCGCAAACUCGACCUGCGCGUCCUCUUCCCCUGCUGCAUCGUCUACUUCCUCGCCUAUCUGGAUCGUGCCAACAUGGGGUACGCGUCGACGAUGCAGAGCAAGCGGCCCGACAACAUCAACGUCAACCUGGGCCUUGUGGGUGCCCAGUUCAAUUGGGCUGUCUCCGUCACCUAUUUCAGCGUCACGGCGCUGCUGCUGCCGUCGAAUCUGCUCAUGAAGAAGAUCAGCGGCAAGAGAUACUUUCCGAUCAUCAUGGUCUUGUUCGGCACCGUCGUCUGCACUAUCGCGGCAACAAAGAACGCCGCCGGCCUUUUGGCCGGUCGGUUCUUCCUCGGCAUCCCCGAAGCGGGCGUUGUUUCAACCUGCCUCCUCUACUUCUCCUUCUGGUACAAGCCAUCCGAACGAGCCCUUCGCCUUGGCAUCUUCCACGCCGCCAACUCCCUAGCCUCUGGUGUAGGUGGCUUCCUCGCCGUGGGAGUUGACCGACUCAACGGCGUGGCCGGGUUGGAAUCGUGGCGAUGGCUGUUCCUUAUCGAAGGCCUUAUGCCCAUCGUCAUGUCGGUCCCGGUUUAUUUCAUGCUCUUGACCUUCCCAGAAGACAGCAAGGCACUGUCUGAGCGAGAGCGACACAUCGCCAUCAACCGCUUCGGCCGCGGCGCCACACGGCGCACCGACGCGACCUGGUCCUGGCCCGUCUUCUGGCAAGUGAUCACCCGCCCGAGCACACAAGUCUUCUUCGUGGCGUACGUGUGCGUGCUCAUCGUGGCGACCGCACUCGGCACCUUCCUCCCCGUCAUCUUCAACAACUUCCUCGACUUCUCGUCGACCAAGUCCAACGUCUACACCUCGGCCAUCUACUUCGUCGCGCUCGCCGAGUACUACCUGUGGAGCCUGCACAGCGACGCCACGCGCGACCGCAUGUGGCACUACCUGUUCCCCAUCAUCAUCGCCAUCCCGUGCUUCGCCGUGUGGACGCACGUCUCCAUCAACCAGUCCUACGGGAGUAUCAAGCCCAUCGCGCUCUACGGCCUGGCGUUUCUCGGCAAGUCCGUCUCCAUCUGCCAGCCCGCGGCGCUGGCCUACCGCUCCGCGACCCUCUACGGCGCGACCGAGCAGGCCGUCGGCGGCGCCGUCGCCGUCGCCUCCCUGAGCGUCGGCAGCAUCAUCGGCCCGCAGAUCUUCCCGCACGCCGACGCGCCCUGGUACCUCCCGGGUUUCGCCGCGAGUCUGGCGACGCUGUCGCUCACCCUGAUUCUGUACGCGAGUCUGCCGUUCUGGUACUUGUGGGAGGCGCAGCGGCGGAAGCGCAAGUAUGGGCACGCGAUGCCGCUGAAGGCGCUGGAGGAUGCGGGCAGGGCCAUGACGAGUGAGGCGGCGAGGUUGCAGGAGCAGGAGAGGCAGGUCUUGGAGGAGAAGGGGUUGGGUGGCGAUGUGGAGACGGCGAGGCAUGUUGAGGAGGUGGUUGAGGGGGGAAAGGAGAAGCGGUAG